AUGAACAACUUUGGCGUCAUCGAGCUCGCCGGCGCAAAGACGACGGCCGCGCCGGGAUGGGCCUACGUGCCGGACGUGGGCCCGGCCGCCGCCGUCCAGCAGCCCGCGAACCGCAAGCGCGCGCGCAACGCCCCCGGCGGCAACCUCAGCAUCGGGGACCUGUCGGCGCGGCAGGAGGCCAAGGCGCGCAAGGAGAUUGAGGCGCUGGACCGGGACGGCGCGAGGGACGCGUCGAUUCCGCUGCCGGUGAAGAGCGGAAGAGCACAAGUCAAGUUCACGCCCAACGUGCGCCGAAUCAUGCAGUCGCAAAAGACGUUUGCGAACCACCUCGACGACUUCCUCGCCCUGCAGGCCCUCACGGAGGCAAACCCCAGUGCGCAAGCCGGCUCCGCGAGACCGGGCGCGACGUCCGCCUCCGGCAACGGCAAGCGGCCCUCGCAGGCCGGCAGGAGAGACGCCACAUCCUCGAGGCAACAAUCGGCGGCCGCAACGCCCAAAGACGCGGACACGCCCAUGGCCGACGCCGGGCCGCCCUUGCUGCCGGUCCUCCCUCCACCGUACCGAUCGCCCCCCGCCGCGCACCCAGGCGACGACGACCCGCUGCUCAUGUCCCGCGUGCCGGACGUACCGUCGGACGAGGAGCUGCGGGCAUUGCUGGCGCACCCGCCGCUGACAUAUCUCGAGGCGCUGGGCCGCCGUGACGGCACGUACCCGACGAGGACGUUUUGCGAGGUCUGCGGGUACUGGGGCAGGGUGCGGUGCAUGAAGUGCGGGACAAGGGUAUGCGCGCUGGACUGCCUUGAGACGCACCGCGAGGAAUGCGUGACAAGGUACGGGCUCUGA